AUGAGCGACCUCGAUGAGGCGAUCGCUCAACUCCGCGCUUGUCGCCCUAUACCAGAGCCUCAAGUACGCGAACUAUGUCUGAAAGCUCGUGAGAUCCUCCUCGAGGAGGGGAACGUGGUGACUGUCACAGCUCCCGUCACAAUAUGUGGAGACAUCCACGGCCAGUUCCAUGAUCUCAUGGAGCUUUUCCGGGUUGGCGGUGACGUCCCGGACACCAACUAUCUCUUCAUGGGCGACUUUGUCGACCGCGGCUUCUAUUCUCUCGAGUCUUUUCUUCUUCUCCUCUGCCUCAAGGUUCGCUAUCCGGACCGGAUGACCUUGAUCCGCGGCAACCACGAAUCGCGCCAAAUAACGACAGUGUAUGGGUUUUAUGACGAAUGUUUGAGAAAGUACGGCAGUGCAAAUGUAUGGCGGUACUGCUGCGACGUAUUUGACUACCUGGCGCUGGGUGCCAUCGUGCUCGGCGCGUCACACACUCUGGGUCCUUCAAAGAACCCUGCAGAAGAUCAAGCUGGACCCGAGUAUGAGGUUGAAGUCUGCAGUAACACUGGAGAUGUUGUCCAACGUUUUCUGCGUAAGCCGCGUGAAAACUUGAUUGGUUCUCAAAGUAGCACCCACGGUGAGUCUUCACCUCCGCCAGAGGCUCAAGGCGGUGGCGCCAACUCGUCCGUGGGCCCCAUGACUGGCCCUCCGGGCAGCGGCGCGUCCGGCUCGAGCGGUGGUUCUCUCGGAAACCCGGCAGGUGCCGUGUUUUGUGUUCACGGAGGACUGAGCCCGCUCGUCGACUCGAUUGAUAAGAUCAGACUGCUGGAUCGCAAGCAGGAGGUUCCUCACGACGGCGCAAUGUGCGAUCUCCUCUGGUCAGACCCGGAUGACAUUGCUGGCUGGGGCUUGUCGCCUCGCGGCGCAGGGUUCCUCUUCGGACCGGACGCGACCAAGGAGUUCAACUACAAGAACGACCUGAGCCUCAUUGCGCGGGCGCAUCAGCUUGUCAUGGAAGGCUUUAAGGAGAUGUUCGACGCAAGCAUCGUGACCGUGUGGUCGGCGCCCAACUACUGCUACCGCUGCGGCAACGUCGCUGCCCUGCUCGAGUUGAGCGAGGACGAGUCUGGACUCGGCGUAUUCGCCCGCAGCAACGGCGAGGUCGGCCGUAGCGAUGGUGGAUUCGCACGGAGGAACGAGUCUCGAGGCGUCAUGUCAGAGCAGGAAGUUACGAACCGGCCCAUUGGUCCGGCUCGCAGAUACCGCGUGUUUCUUGCAGCACCGCAGGAUUCUCGCGGGAUGCCUGCGAAGAAGCCCGUGGCCGAUUAUUUCUUGUAG